AUGUCCGGCAAUGGCUCUCUGACGCCUGGCGAGCAUACCGCUCUGCUGGGCAACUCGUCUACCCUGUACUCCUCGCAUGCUCACAUUGACCACCGUGGUCAUCACCACCACCCCAAUGACACCCGGGUGUGGGUGCGCUGGCCGAUGCACGUCGUGCGUCUGACAUGGUUGACCCUUGUCCGCGACUAUGUGAACCUGUUGCUUGUGUUCGUUCCUUUGGGCAUCGUCGCCGGCGCUUUGAAGUGGGAUUCCUCGGCGAUCUUCGUGCUGAACUUCCUGGCCAUCAUCCCGCUGGCGUCAUUGCUGAGCUUUGCUACGGAGGAAUUGGCUGGAACGAUGGGCCAGGCCUUGGGUGGACUGAUGAAUGCCACUUUUGGCAAUGCUGUCGAAUUGAUUGUCAGUAUCAUCGCGUUGAAGGAUAACCAGAUCCGGGUCGUUCAGGCGAGUAUGCUGGGUAGCAUCCUCUCCAACAUCCUGCUCGUCCUGGGCUGCUGCUUCUUCGUCGGCGGUCUCCGCUUCUCCGAGCAGAGCUUCAACAGCACCGUCGCAUCGACCAUGUCCUCCCUGAUGGCCGUCGCCUCCGCCUCGCUGAUCAUCCCGGCUACCCUGUACGCAGCUCUGUCCUCGUCCCCCAAGAACGCCCAGGACAACAUCCUCAUCCUGUCCCACGGUACCUCGGUUAUCCUACUCCUCCUUUACGUCAUGUACCUGUACUUCCAGCUCCGCUCCCAUGCCCAGCUGUUUGAAGAGAGCAAUGGUAGCGACACCGAGGUUGCCGGCGCUGAUGAGGACGAGGAGGAUGAGCGCCUACUGAACCCGUGGGCCGCUACCGUCGCGCUCAUCGUCGUGACUAUCCUCGUCUCCAUGUGCGCCGAUUACCUAGUUGGCAGCAUUGACGACAUCGUGCAGAAGACCGGCAUGAGCAAGACCUUCAUCGGUCUGGUGCUGAUUCCCAUCGUCGGCAACGCCGCUGAGCAUGUCACCGCUGUCGUGGUCGCCUACAAGGAUAAGAUGGACCUGGCCAUUGGCGUUGCCAUUGGCAGCAGCCUGCAGAUCGCCCUCUUCGUUACCCCCUUCCUUGUCAUCCUGGGCUGGAUCAUGGGUGUCGAGAUGACUCUCCACUUCCAGACCUUCGAGACCGUGGCAUUCUUCAUCUCCGGUCUCGUCGUCACCCUCCUGAUCCAGGAUGGCAAGUCCAACUACCUGGAGGGCGGUAUGUGUCUCGGCAUGUACAUCAUCCUCGCCCUUGCCUUCUACGUCUACCCUGAUGACGCGGGUGACGGCAUGGGCAUGCUGAGCAACAUGCUCAAUUAA